AUGGCCACCUACAACCACUUCAGUCACUACAGCAAUGGAUAUGUGGUGGAGUUUGUGGAAAAUGGCUCGAAACCUUGUUCAAGUUACAUCCUCCUUCCAGCAGAAAAUCUGUGGUCAGAGGGACUGCGGGGAUUUCUUUACAUCCUAGCAAUCGCAUAUAUCUUUCUAGGGGUGGCUAUAGCAUCUGACAUCUUUAUGACUAGUAUAGAAGUUAUCACCAGUAAAAAGAAAAAAGUAGUAUCAUGGGAUGAAGAAAAACAAGUGAAGGUGGAAAGAGAGGUGCUGAUAUGGAAUGAAACCGUUGCCAACUUGACACUUAUGGCACUUGGAAGUAGUGCACCAGAAAUAUUAUUAGCUGUUAUUGAAACAGCAAAGGAUUUAGGAUCGGAAAAUAAUGAAGAUUCUUUAGGAACGUUUACUAUUAUAGGAAGUGCUGCUUUUAAUCUACUCAUCAUUACUAGCAUAUGUAUUGUAAGUGUCCCCUCUCCUAGUGUGAAAAAUAUCCGUGAGUUUGGUGUGUUCGUAUUAACAUCAAUCUGGUCACUUUGGGCCUAUAUAUGGAUGUUACUGGUAGUUCAGUAUAUCACACCUGGGGUCAUAGAUCCUUGGGAGGCAUGGGUCACACUGGGAUACAUGCCCUUAUUUGUCAUUGUGGCAUACUGUCAGGAUAAUGGCUGGUGGUGCAAGAAGAAGAAAAUCACAUCAGAAGAAGACCCAUCUGAUGAGAAUGUCAGGAUCAUGACCCACCAGGCGAGAAAGGGAUCCCUAACGGGUCACGCCAUCCCUGGCAAAGAACUACACGUCCUGGAGGCAGAGAGACAGCAGCGUCUCAGUUUAGUGAGCUUGAGUAGUUUUAGGGGUAAGAAAAGUCCCGAAGGGAGACAUGUCAACGGUGAAGUUUGUAUGACUCCGGAAUCAGACUCCGUCAAGACGUCUACCAAUAUAUCUGUCCAUUUUGACAAUGAAAGGCCUAACCAGACUGUGACCAUUCUUGACCAUUCCACACCAUACCAGGAAACAAAGUUGGACCAACCGAUGACCCUCACCAACAUUGGGUCAGUCCAUAACACUCAAUUAAUCAGCCACAAUGACAAAGGAACAGGUGGAGCAGACCAGGGAUCCAUCUCUGAACGCCUCAAUGUGGAAAAAGGCACCAAGGAACCACAAGCAUUUGCUCGUGCAAGAAAGACAAGCAUGGCUGUUCGAGCUCAAUUCCGUCAUGCCGUGGUUAGUGCUAUGACUGGAAACAAAAAGAUGAGGACUGGCAGUGGAAAAGCUUCAGCCAGAUUUGCAGAAGUUGUCCAAACUGUCCAAAACAUCAACAUUAAGGGCAAGAUGCCAACUGGUGAGCUUUUUGGAAAGUUUACUUUCGCCUCAGACCGUUAUGCAGUCCUGGAGAGCACAGGCACACUUGAUGUAGAUGUUUUGUUCCACAGGAACCUGCCAUCCCAUAUUAUACCACUCCUACAAAGAAAGCGCAGUGAAGCUAUAAUUAAUGCUUUAGGAAAACCUGGCAGCAAACCUCAAAUAGCAAAUGGCGAUGCUGGAGCUGCCAAGGGAGGUAAGGUGGCACCAGCUGGAGAGUCAGAGCAGACAUUUUCAGGGGAUGUGACUGUGGAGUAUGAAACAAGGGAGGGAUCUGCCAAGGCUGGCAAGGACUUCAAAUAUACGCAGGGAUUCCUUACUUUCAAGGAGAAUGAGUUCCAGAAGUCUAUAACCAUCCCCAUCAUUAACGACCAACAGUUUGAAAACGAUGUGGACUUCUACAUCAUUCUGAAGAACCCCAACAACGGCAGUAACAUAGGCGACCCUAGUGUCACGAGAGUGACAAUAGUGGAUGAUGACGAGCCCGGAGAGUUUCUCUUCGAACAACCUCACUGCUAUGCAGAUCUGAAGUCAGGUAAAGUGAGUUGCAGGGUUGUUCGGGAGCAUGGAUUUGAUGGCAAAGUCACAAUGGAGUACUCAACCAUUGACGGGACAGCAUCAGGGGGUAAAGAAAUUGGCUCUAAUGUUGAUUAUGUCCACUCAGAGGGAGUUUUGACCUUCACUCAUGCCGAGACGAGCAAAACUAUUGAUAUCAACAUUAAAAAAGAUGCCAAGGGCUCCAAAAACUUCAUUAUUGCCAUAAAGAAUCCAAGUCUUGGAGCCAAGAUAGGACAAAGGAGUGCCACUGUGUGCCACAUCAAUAAAGAAUCUGUGGAUGACCGAAUUGCAGACGUCAUCAACGCAGAGGCAGAGGAGGAGGAGGAAGAUGUGAGCUGGGGAGCACAGUUCGUCAGUGCCCUCACCAUUGAAGGAUCCACUGAUGACGAUGGAAAUGAAGUGGAACCAUCCAGGGUAGACUACCUGCUACACUUCCUCACCAUUCUGUGGAAGGUGAUUGGCGCAUGUGUCCCUCCCACGAAAUACCUUGGAGCUUGGCCUACAUUCGUCCUGUCACUGAUGUACAUAGGAGCUCUCACAUUUCUGGUAGAGCAGCUUGGACAUCUGAUUGGCUGUGUGAUUGGGUUGAAGACAAGUGUAACUGGCAUCACUAUAAUUGCCCUUGGAACCAGUUUACCCGACACAUUUGCUAGUCGCACAGCAGCAAAACAAGAUGAACAUGCAGACGCAGCCAUAGGCAAUGUGACUGGUAGUAACAGUGUGAAUGUCUUCUUGGGAUUGGGUUUACCCUGGGUUCUCAGUACCUCUUACGGACUGGCCACUGGUACAGAAUACAGGGUGCCAUCUGGUAACCUCACACAGAGUGUCAUAAUCUUCACCAUCCUUGGUUUCCUGUGUAUCGUUGUCCUGAUCCUGAGGAGAAAGUUUGUUGGUGGAGAACUAGGAGGAGCCAACCCAUACAUCAAAUGGGGAUCUAGUAUACUGUUGUUAGUGUUCUGGUUCAUAUACAUACUUCUCUCCAGUCUCAAAGCAUAUGACGUUAUAACCCUAUAG